GCUAACAACAGCAAAUUGCAAUAUUUCUUUGAGUAAUUUAAACAAGUCGGAGAUUUGUAAACCCCCAUUAUAAGAAUGCACAGCUACAACGUUAACUGAAGCACAGCCAAAAAAAAAAAAAAAAAACAAACAAACAAAGCAAGAAAGAGUAAGUGAAAAAGAAAUGGAGUUGAAAGUUGAUAUUAUAGCAAAACAGAGGAUCAAACCCUCUUCUCCAACUCCUACUCAUCUGAAAAACUUCAACCUUUCUCUUCUGGAUCAAAUCCAUCCUCCAAUCUAUGGUCUUAUCAUUCUCUUCUACUCUGCAGACACCAAAAUCGAAGACGCCGACAUCGGUGAUCAUCAUCAGUGUCGACCAAACAGUUUGGAGAGAAAUAACUCCCAACACUUGAAGAACUCUCUCGCUGAAACUUUAACUUCAUUCUAUCCAAUGGCAGGGAAGCUCAAAGAUGCAAUUUCCGUCGACUGCAACGAUGAAGGAGCUCUUUUCGUCGAAGCCAAUGUGAAUUGCAGUCUUUCUGAGUUUCUCACCAAACCGGAUGCUAAAUUGCUGAACCAUUUCCUUCCCACCAACGAUCCCACAACCCGUGAUUUUGCUCCAGGUUGCAUGGGGAUUAUCCAGUUCACGAGGUUUCAGUGUGGAGGGACCGCCAUUAGCGUCUGUCUUUCCCACAAACUGUUCGACGUAUCGUCUCUGAUAACUUUCCUCCAUGGCUGGACUUCAAAUAUGCGCGGGUACAGCCAAACUGCGUCGCCAGUGUUCAUCGGUGACUCUUUGCUGCCACCGAGAGAUUUAUCAUCUUUCAUGCCACGGCCAAACUACAUGCUCCCACCUGGAAAAUUGACGACGAAGAGGUUCGUGUUCGAAGCUGCAAAGAUUGCUGGCCUCAAAGCCAAUGUUGGUUCGAUCCGAAAACAAUACCCGUCUCGGGUUGAAAUUGUUAUGGCCCUGAUCUUGAAAGGUGCAAUGUCUGCUUCUCGAUCGAUAACAGGGUCCGUAAAACCAUCGGUGCUGUUUCAGGCAGUGGAUUUACGCAGAAGGAUGAAUAAGCCAUUGCCGAAAAACUCCAUUGGUAAUCUUUUCUGGUUAGCUCCAGUGGUAAUAAAAGACGAAAUGGAUUUGAAAACCAUGGUGUAUAAGAUGAAGGAAGCUGUGAAUGAAUUUAGCUUGAAGGCAAGCAAAUUUAAUGGAGAAGAAGGUUUUUCAGUAAUCAGUGAGUUUUUCAAAGGGAGAGAAGAUUAUAAGGAUAUGGAACGUUACAGUUGCACAAGUUGGUGUAAAUUUCCAUUGUAUGAAACUGAUUUCGGAUUUGGAAAGCCUGUUUGGGUAAGUAGCACGAGUGUAGCGUUCAAGAACACAAUAGUUUUGGUGGAUACCAAACAAGGUGAUGGAAUUGAGGCUUGGGUUACAUUGGAGGAAGAAAAUAUGUUGAUUUUUGAAGGUAAUUAUCAGGGGCUUCUGGACUCAGCUUGAUUUCCUUUCCAUAAACAGACAGGAUUCGUAUUUGAUUGAUUAUUUAUUGGUGUAAUUGAUUACGUUUUUAUGUUUUCAUUGUAUUUCAAUUUAUUGUUUGUGGAAUUAAUAAAAGGCUAGCUGCCUAUAGUUUGCUCUGUUUGAUAAAAAUGCACGUACUAGUGUUUUAAAUGAC